UUUAAACGUAGUCUAUUUUCAAGAUAACCUUCAAGUGAUUUAUUUUUUAUUGAAUAGAUAACAAGUCAAUAUCGAACUCGUCGGCAGAUUGUUCCACUGUCUUCAAUACAGUAAAUUCAUGUUUUUAGUGUUGUGAAGAUGAAUACCUUAAAUAGAAUUAUAGUGUACAGUUCAAGCGUACCAAAAAAUGCAAGAUUCAUCGCUACGACAAGUGCAAGAUUAAAUGCCGAUGAUGGAUGGCUUUCGAAACUUCUGGUUCGAAAAAUCGAACCUACUAAAGAAUCCCACAGUCGUAUGCUUAGCGACAAGGAGAUUGUAUACGCUCUACAUACGCACAACAUAAGGCCGGAUUCUGUGGAUAAAUACCUAAAAAACUAUAAAAGUUCCGUAGAGUUUGUGGAAUCUCGUAAACCUGAGUUGGGUUGUGAGCUUGUCGGAUCAUGGACUGUUUCCGUGGGGGAUAUGGACCAGGCAUUGCAUUUGUGGCGGUAUGUUGGAGGCUUCGAGAAAAUUGACAAAGCAAAGAUAUUGUUUAGAGAAAAUCCUGAAUACAGAGCAUUAGAAAAAGAGAGAGGCAAUUUCGUGAGGUCACGUCAUCUCCAAUACCUUCUUGCCUUCAGCUUCUGGCCGUCUGGUGAAAAACGAGAUCCCAGCAACAUCUAUGAAAUUAGAUCUUACAGUCUAAAACCUGGUACAAUGAUCGAGUGGGGCAAUAACUGGGCGCGCGGGCUCACGUACCGCCGCGCUAAGAACGAGGCCUUCGCUGGGUACUUCUCGCAGAUUGGACGACUUUAUAAUGUUCAUCAUAUUUGGUGCUACAAGGACCUGCAAGCCCGUCGGGAAACGCGCGAGAGCACAUGGCGGAACCCCGGAUGGGACGAGUGUGUGGCGUACACCGUGCCGCUCAUACGUGAGAUGCACUGCCGCAUCCUCGAGCCCACGGAAUUCUCGCCGACAAAGUAGACCGACACCACGCGCCACUCGCCGCAGCUGACCGACACGUGACACCGACGUGGCUGGUCCGCUGCCCAACUGACCGACGCAUUACAUCGACGCGACGGAUCCGCUGCCCCACUGGCCGACACGUUACACCGACGCGACUGGUCCACUGCCCAACUGAUCGACUCAUUAUACCGACACAACUGGUCUGAUGCCCAACUGGGUGACACAUUACACCGACAUCAUUUAGUCUGCUGCCCCAUUAACCGAAACAUUACGCUGGCACGCACUAUUGAAGUUAACUGAAUGAUAUUUAAUGCCGAACUAAUUUGCGUAACGUAAACCAUUUUAAUACCAUAAUAACGGCGAUUCUGUCACUUUUUCAUCAAAAUAAUUGUACAACAAAAUAUGCGUUGUUGUUUGGUGAUUCUUUGUAGGAUACAUUUUAGUUUUUACCUUCUCAUAA